UACAUAGUAAUACACAACUUCUGAGCCAAAGUAAAACGAGAGAGAACUUGUUUGGAAGGAUGGUGUCAUUCCUUUUCCAGGCUGAAAAGCACAGGGGGAGGGUCUAAUAGCUGGAGAGGGGAAGAGAGAAACAGAAGUUACCAUUACAGUCAACUGUUACUCAGCCUGGACCAAGAGAAAAAGAAGAACAAAAGAAAGAGGGGAAGGGAACAAGGAGAAAAGGAGACACACACUGCAGUUGUAUUAACAGGAUAAAUACACAAAAUGGAGGACUCCAGCAGCAGCAAGCCAUUCAUGGUGACAUCCUCUCUGAACUUCAAAGUCACCACCCCGUCCUUCUACAACCAGCCAAAGAAGUUUGCCUCUGUGGCACCACCGCGGCCAAAAAGUAUAACGCCUCCCUCGGCUCCAUCACCGACACCAGUAGGCACAGCCGUGAUUGGCCGAGUGGGCGACCUGCCCCCACCGCCGCCUUCGCUCUGUGAUGACUUCCCACCCCCUCCUCCUCCUCCACUGGAUGAUGAUUUGCCAGCCCCUCCCCCCGAAUGCCAAACCACACCCUCCGCCUCUGACGCCCCCCCUCCCGCCUUCCCUGCUCCACCUCCAGUUGCAGAUGACCUGCCCCUCCCAGCUCCCCCCGAGGACAGCGCCUGUCCGCCUCCCUGCCCGUCUCCCCCUCCUCCCCCACCCCCUCCACCUCUCCCUGCAUCCGGUACCAGUAUUCCCAGUGCUGCAGGAAACCCACAGAGGCUGGUGGAGAAGCAGACUAGCUUCGACCGACAGCUUGACUCUCUAACUGACUUGCUGUCUGAGAUGGAGACCAGGGGACCUUUCAACCCUAAGUUACCGAGCCAGUAUUCUUCGGCACCAGCACCCAAGCCUUCGGCUCCUCCCCCAACUGCUCCUAAACCAGCUCUCUCCUUCCUCCCACCCCCUGAGAUGGGAGACCGCCCGCCACCGGCACCCUGGGCAGAAGAACUAAAAGCCAGAACGAACCGACAAGCCAAUCACAACGCUGCACCAAACUCUGCUGCUCAGCCAUUUAAUAAGGCCCCGGCUGUGGCCCCCAAGUCCGGUUUCGGAGGGAGACCAACAACAUCGUCGUCGUCUCUAGCACAAAAACUGAACCAGAACCUGAACCAGAACACCGCCCCAAUCGCUGUUGCACCAAAACCUUCCCCUCCCUCUGCCACCUUCCCUCCACCUCCCGCAGCUCCUCCUGCAGCUCCUCCUCCACCUAACAAUAUGGCGGCUGCCCCGGCCUCUAAUCACAUUAGGAGUUCUCCCUUUGCCAGUCAGAUGAAUGCAAACCAAAACCCUCCUGCUGCUGUGCCUCCUCCUCAAACCAAGAUGAUGACAUCGCCUCCCUCAUCUUUUAACCAACCAAUGAAAAGUCCCCCUUCAUCAACGCCCUCUCCCCCUGGCCCCAUUCCUAUCCCAGGUGGAGGCGUUCCUCUGAAUAUGAGGGAAGUGGAAGAGCUGGAGAGAAUGACCAAGGACUUCAUUAAAGACAUGGACACACACGCACCUGUCAUCACCUCCCCUCCUACAGAGGUCUGUGGGAAGUGUGGUGAGGCUCUGUCCCGCACUCAGCCAGCAGUGAGGGCCAUGGAUAAACUCUUCCACUCCAACUGCUUCUGUUGCAUGAGCUGUCAUCGCCCCCUGCAGGGCAUGCAGUUCUAUGACAGGGAUGGAGCACCUCAGUGUGAGGACUGCUAUAUGAACUCCCUGGCAGUGUGUUCCCGGUGUGGGGAGAGGAUCACAGACCGCGUGCUGAAGGCGGUGGGCCAGUGUUUCCACGCCCACUGUUUCCGCUGCAGCACUUGUUCCUGCACACUCGAGGGGGCACCCUUCAUCACUGAUGACAACAACAACCCCUACUGUGUCCAGGAUUACCACAGGCGUUUCUCCCCUCUGUGUGUGAGCUGUAAUGAGCCCAUUAUUCCAGCCCCGGGCAGCGAGGAGACAGUCAGAGUGGUGGCUCUCGACAAGAACUUCCACCUCAAGUGUUACCGUUGCGAGGAUUGUGCUCGCCCUCUCUCCAUAGAAGCAGAUGAAAAUGGCUGCUAUCCCUUGGAUGGUAAGAUCCUGUGUAUGAAGUGCCACACCCAGCGAGCCAGGCAAGCUGCACAGUGAUCGGCCAGAGCAGCGCGACUCAGAUUAACUAUGAACCAAAAUCCAAAAGCACAGGAUUCAUUCAGCUGCCGUUUUGCCUUUGCAACAGGGCUUUAUUCAGUAUACGUGCGCAGGUGUGAGUAUGAAUGUGCUGUGUGAAAAAGGUAUGUUUGCAUGCAGACUCAGUGUAGUAUCCCCCUCGUCUUUGUUCACUUCGCUUCAGUGCAGAAGUAAUGUACUGCAUUGAAAUAAACUUCCUUCAUCUUUUAUUCCCGAUCCCGAACUCUCUGACCUCUCAUCCAGCCCUCCUUGUGUACUACAACUUAUUUUUUUGUGCCAACUCUAUGUUUACGCUAAUUUCCAGCAGAACUUGCACAAGAACAGUUUGGUCAAAAGAGCAGUCUGAUGAAUAUAAAGUUGCCUUUCUUUGUCUCUUGCCUCAAUAUUGUAAGUAGCAACAUAUACUGAGAUAUUUCCAUCUUAAGAGUUUCACUGUCUGGUCUCUUUCCCUAUGAGCAUUGUGACUACACUGAUGUUACUGAGACAGGUUGUUACCACAGGGUGAGGAGUACCACAAUCUCCCAUUUGACCACUCUGCAUAUUUCACCACUCCGGUUGGCUGUUGGUAGACCAUAUCUUCAACACUUUGGCAGUUGUUGUGCCUGCAAGCAUGGUUAAUUAUGCUUUCCUGCCUAGAAAGUGCUUUAUAUCAGCCGAUCUACUCUGACAGCAUUUUAAAGUCAUCUAGGGCUACACGUUGACUGCAAAAAGAUAAAAACAGUGAAUGUUGCUCUUAGUUUUCUGUGAUGUGAAUUUGAUAAUUUACAUGCAUGCAUUGAAUAAGUCUCGUUGCUCUCUCUUCUUCAACCAUACAGACUGUAUAAGAGCGAGGUUAGAACAAAAAAAAAAAUCAGCUGUUUUCUUCUCAAACGUAGCUCAGAGCUGAUUUAACUGUGUAUUUUUAGAUGCAUGCUUUUGGGAUGCACAAAUUACGAACAAACAGACGAGCACAGAUUCCAUUCUGGGGAUCUCAUCAUUUAAAAAAACAAACAAAAAAAAAAACCAUGUGGUUAUAAAUGUCAGCUGCAUGGCUGAAAACAGGACCUAUCAUGUGAUCGUUGCACAGUUCCUUUGUGAAAUAAAAAAGCCUUUAAGUGUCAUUUUGACUCUAAAGCUCCCGCACAUGAUCAAUUUUGUAUUCGUAGACACCAUCUAGAAACAUAAUAGUAGCUUUUGAUAUACAUUUUCUUGGAAUCCCUUGCUUUGACAUAUAAUUUAUGGACCAUUUUUUUUAAGUAUUAAGGUUAUAUGUGUGCCAGUGCUAAUAUAACCUGUCCUAACAGCAGGAUAAUAGCUCGGUAGAGACGUUAGAGUUUUAGGUAACAGAUGUUAAAACAUAGUGACCAACUUUCACGAAGCUGUUGGCAAGAUUAAGGUUAAUAAAACAGUUACAUGAGAUUCAGUGUUCUCACUGUCAUGUAUGUUUUAUAUCACCUUUUUGCGUUUGAGCCCAGUUCUUUGGUCUUGUUAGAUCCUAAUGUUAAAUACCACUAUUCUUUCCAUUAUUCAUCUUUUGUACUCUGUUCAUGUCAGUUAUAUACUAUUUUAUUCUUAUCUUACUGUACUGUACUUCAUUGAUAAAUGCUUCAAAUAAUUUGGUUUCAUUCUGAACCUGGAGAUGUGCCUUUCUCCGCUGUUGUUUCCCAUUGUUACUCUUGAAUUGAGCCUGGUUUGCAGCUACAGAAAUUCAUUCCACGAUUAGAAAACAGUUGUUACUCGUGCUUGCAUUGAGCCUGGUGCAGUAUAACACCAGAAUGACUAACAUGGCAAUAGUUACUAAGCAUUGCAUGCUAUUUGUGUAGGUGGUGGUGGCAUCUCUUCUAGUAUUAUGUCUUUUGUUUGCACCAACGACUCCACCUCUGUGGCCCCGCCGUCGUCAUCAGUACGUGGUAUUAUACGUAUGAUGAUGCCUUCACAGUCGCAUUUAUCUGGCAUUUUGUUGUGUUACGUCCUAUUGUAUAACAUGCAGAUGCCUUGUCUUUUCAUAUAACUUUUUUUUUUUUUUUUAUAAAGUCCUGUUUGAUAUGUGUGAAUGUGUACAUGUUUAAAAACAUUAUUUAGCCCCACCCCUCCCCCUUUGGCUGUAUCAAAAGAUAAACAAAUAAAUAAAAUGCUGAAUAUCAAA